CACACCCAUCAAUCACCCCCUUAAACUCACACAAAACCUAUUCUCAUCUCACAACAAUGGCUUCCCCUUCACCUGUAACCCCAACGCCAUUGUUGAAAGAUGAGCUUGACAUCGUAAUCCCCACAAUCCGAAACCUAGAUUUCCUCGAGAUGUGGCGGCCGUUCUUCCAGCCGUACCAUCUGAUCAUCGUACAAGACGGUGAUCCUUCAAAGGUUAUCAAUGUUCCACAAGGGUUCGAUUAUGAACUCUAUAACCGUAACGAUAUUAACAGGAUUCUGGGUCCUAAAGCUUCCUGCAUCUCGUUUAAGGAUUCUGCUUGUCGGUGCUUUGGGUAUAUGGUGUCCAAGAAGAAGUAUAUCUUCACAAUCGAUGAUGAUUGCUUUGUUGCUAAAGACCCAACUGGGAAUGAUAUCAAUGCGCUUGAGCAACAUAUUAAGAACCUGUUGAGCCCAUCAACUCCGUAUUUCUUCAACACCCUAUACGAUCCAUACAGGGAAGGCGCUGAUUUCGUUCGUGGCUACCCAUUUAGCCUUCGUGAAGGUGUCCCGACUGCGGUUUCACACGGGCUUUGGCUUAACAUCCCGGAUUAUGAUGCUCCGACCCAGCUCGUGAAGCCUCGUGAACGAAACACCCGGUUUGUCGAUGCGGUUUUGACAAUUCCAAAGGGAACCCUCUUCCCAAUGUGUGGAAUGAAUCUCGCUUUCGACCGUGAGCUCAUCGGCCCAGCAAUGUACUUCGGUCUUAUGGGCGAUGGUCAGCCAAUUGGUCGUUACGAUGACAUGUGGGCUGGAUGGUGCAUGAAGGUGAUCUGUGACCACUUGGGGUUGGGUGUGAAGACAGGUCUGCCAUACAUCUGGCACAGCAAGGCCAGCAACCCAUUUGUGAACUUGAAAAAGGAAUACAAGGGUAUCUACUGGCAGGAGGAGUUGAUCCCAUUCUUCCAAGCCGCCACAUUGCCGAAAGAGUGCACCACGGUUCAAAGCUGCUACAAGGAGCUCUCGAAACAGGUCAAGGCUAAGCUCGGGAAGGUUGACGACUACUUCAACAAGCUUGCGGACGCGAUGCUCACUUGGAUUGAAGCUUGGGAUGAACUCAACCCAUCUGCUCAACUCCCUAAUGGCAAGUGAAGUGAAGAGUUUAGGGUUGCACCUAUAGUUUAUUAGUAGUGAUUUAUUAGGCCCUCUAUGGCUGAUAAGAGGGGAUUUAUCAUUUUAUCUAUAUUUGUCUUUGGAUUUAUUCUUUUGAGGUUUUAAACAUUUAAAUUUUUAUGGAGGUUUAUUAUUCACCUUUUGUGCUUCAUUAUGAUCAUGUGUUUGCCUUUAAAGGGUGAUUUGAAAUUU